UUGAUGUGUUGUUCCAACAAGAUUUUUUGUCAGUUAUUCUUUCAUUUAUACUUUUACACUGUUACAAGUAAUUCUGUUAUCAUUGUAUAACAGGAUGAAAAUGGAUUCUAAACGCACCGUUUAAAAGGAAAAAAAGAAUAAAAAAAAGAGAAGGGAAAAGAAAGCAGGCAACACGCUACUAGGUAAUUUGAAUUUAAAUGGUUUUUUCUUUUAAAUAAUGGAUUUCCUCCUUUGCCUGAGGGCGAGAACGGAAGCGCAGCGGAUUUCCCUCCAUAUUUUUCGGUGUUCCCCGGUUUCUCUCAACCUCAAAACCAGACAUAAACACAACGUAGGAGGCGAAUCGGCGGCGUGACUCUGAUCUCCUCUCUCCUCGCCUGCUCUCCUGCUUUUGGAGCUUUGAAGAAGUACGGUCUAUGGAAUCUUCCGCUUGUCCUUUUUGUCAUCUCACAUUUCCCUCCUUAGAACUCCAACGGCACGCCAACAGUCACUUCGAGGAUGAGGAUGAAGCUGAGGAAGCUAAAGACCUGAAAUUGGCUAAUCAGAUCGCCUCUUCUUCGGGUUCUGUUGACGUGGAUAGCGUUUCCGCCUUGAUUGCUUUACAAACAAGGGGCAACUUUUACCAUGUAAAAGAUGGGUUGAUUUCCUUGCUGAAAAACUGUUUAGAACUGGAAACCCAACACAACUCAUCAGUAACCAUAUUGUCUGGCUACGUUGAUCACUUCCAAAGCCUUCCGUCCGUGGAUGUUGGUUGGGGUUGUGGCUGGCGUAACGUCCAAAUGCUAAGCUCUCAUUUGCUUGCUCACAGACAGGAAGCUAGACAAGUACUGUUUGGUGGGUCGGGUUUUGUUCCUGAUAUUGCUUUCCUCCAACGUUGGCUUGAGAUUGCUUGGGAAAGGGGAUUUGAUCCACCUGGUGCCCAACAUUUUAACUGUAAAAUCUAUGGUUCCAAUCAUAAGAUUGGGACUACUGAAUGUGCUUCACUUUUUCGUUCAUUUGGCGUUCGUGCUAGGGUGGUUGACUUUGGUCCCAAGGAAUCUCAGCCCUUUUAUCUUUCUGUUCCUGGUUCUACUCUUGGACAAACAGUGAUGAAAAGGAGCAUAAUUCGAGUUUCUGGACCGAUGGAUAGAUAUGUUCAUCGCCAGCAGGGUUCAAAGAAGCCUAGAGACUCUUGGGACUCUUUGAGCGAUGGGACGAGUGGUAAUUUUAAAGGGAAAAGUGGGGGACCUCAGAUUCUGGUUGAUUGGGUGUGGAAUUACUUUUCAGAUAAAGGGUUAACCAUAUCUGACUCCAACCGUGUUGUAGUCAGUGAUAGAGCGCCUUUGUACUUUCAACAUGACGGACAUUCACGAACAAUUGUUGGGAUUCAAGUUAACCAUCAGCAGAAUGGGACGCAUCAGUUCAAUCUCUUGAUUAUGGACCCUUCUGAUGGAACAAUUGCUUUGGAAAGAUCACUAAAAAAGAAUGUGGGGUGGCAGAAGCUUAUUAAAAGAGGAGUCCACACCCUGAAGAUGCCUCAAUACCAGUUGUGCUAUAUUGAUCCUGGAAUUGCUAGUGGGGUGGAGCUGCAACAACUCAAAACAAUAAAUAGCAUCUUCAUUGAAUUGUAGAGGAAUAUUGUGAACUUCCGUGUCCUUAGUUGGAUGCGACGAAAUCUGCAAAAAAUAGAACUCUAUAAUGAUGAUUAUUUCAUUUUUUAUGAGGUCAACUUCUAGCUUGAGAAGCCUAUAGUCAGCCUUAAUUUGCCUAUUUCUGGACAAUAACCCACCAUUACUAGUCAAACUUAUUGAUUCCAAAGCUCUAUGGCUGUUUUAGACAUCACAUUUAGCUCCUUGAGUUCUUCCACCUGAAAGUUGGCAGCUCUUUCCGGACAACUGUAUCUUCACCAUCAUGUAAAGCACGUGGAAAGUCUGGUAUGUUAGGCACGCAACUGAAAGUUGGUAGCUCCUCCCUUGACAACUGUAUAGUCAUAUCAUCGGGCGAAGUGCCUGCAACUCCUGUAAGUUAACGGUGCACAAUCAAAAUCAGUUUCAGAAGUCUUAGUAGCUCCAAUGCUUAUCUUGCUGAAUUUGAGGGACUGUUUAAGUGCCGUGCACCUAUGCUGCUGGCAUUCUGUGUGUACAUCGAACCUUCUGAUAUCAAAUCAAAUUGCUUUAUGUUCUGUUGGUUGGAAGUAUA